AUGUCUCUAGCAAAGCGUAUCAAGACCAUCGGCAGCAUCAAUCACUACAGAUUUUAUCAGCUCCUUCGAGAACUCGUGAAAUUUAGCGGCAGUAACCCCACUUUCCACCACUCGCGAGUCGUGAUUGACGACUUUGCCGUUGAUCAAGCCAACUCCGGUCAUACAAAUCUCGCCCUUGGCCAGAAGCAGAUCCGGUUCUCCAUUGUGAAGUGUGCUGUAGAUGAAGCUGUCAAGUAG